UCUAUUCGUUUUCCCUUCAAACUCUCUCUCUCUCUCUCUCUCUCUGUCUCUCUCUCCCGCUCCCAUACCCACAAAUGGGCACUGGGAAGAAAAUACAGACCUAUAUAGUCAAUGGAAGCUCGCCUUCUGCGCCAAACAUGGUUGUUGGCUCUUUACAGGCAAGAAAUUUGAGGAAGAGUCAGCUUGGUGGUGUUAUAUUUGGUUGCAAGAAUAGCACAAUGAAGGAAUGUCUAUUUAAACAACUCUUGGGCUUACCAGCUCAUCACUUUUCUUAUGUAAAGAAUAUUGAUCCCGGAUUGCCACUUUUUCUGUUCAACUACAGUGAUAGGAAACUUCAUGGAAUAUUUGAGGCUGCUUGCCCUGGCCAAAUGAAUAUUAACCCAUAUGGGUGGACCACUGAUGGUUCAGAUAGGACACUGUAUCCAGCACAGGUUCAAAUUCGCAUCCGACUACAGUGCCAACCACUUCUUGAAAGUCAGUUUAGACCAAUAAUUGCAGACAACUACUACAAUGAGCAUCAUUUCUGGUUUGAGCUUGACCAUGCUCAGACAAAUAAGAUGUUAAGUUUGCUGGCUUCUUUAGCAGUUGCUCCCGGUACAUCUGCAUUGCAGAAUAUGGCGAAAUCAAGAACUAUUUUCCGAGCUAUUCCCUCACGUUACACUAGAGAGGUAAGUGAAGAGUUUUCAACACUUGCUUUAGAGGCAGAGCACUUAAGUCAAUCAAGUCAGAAAUCAGAUUCUACGGAUGUCGCCUCAUCUUUAGAUGGAGAAAACCAGUCAUUGGAAUCUCAAUCUGAUGUGAAAGAAGUUAAACAAGAGGAGAAAGAUCUUAUAUACAUGAAACUCAAAGCAUUGGCUCUUAAAGAUCAUAUUAGCAAUGAACAUAAGGCUGAUGCAGAAGAUACUGUUAUAUCAAACGGUAUGCCGAUCAGGGAAAACGAUUGUCCAAAGGAACCCGUGAUAGGUGUUGUAACAAAUCCGUCUGUGAUCAAUGAUAUUUCCUUGAAGGAAAAAGGAUAUCAAGGAGAACUGUUGGGUGUAGAAGAUAAUUGUGAACAGACUCCUAGUGCAUCAUCUGAGUAUCAGUCCCUUAUAACUCGGUUAAUUCGAGAGGUGGAAGAGCUAAAGACUUUUAAAACAGAACAUACUCGCCUUUUUGAACAGAAGCUGGGGAGAGCAGAAAGGGAAAUUCAAGUGUUAAAGAGACGUCUCAUGUUGGAAUCUGAAUCUAAGUCCUCCACCGUGCUUGGAGAUGAGAAGGUUAUUGAAUCAUUUGAUGACUUGCUUUUGGACACCAAGGAAUCCAUUUUUCUAUUGGGAGGAUAUGACAGUGAAUUAUGGUUGUCGGACUUGGACUCAUUCUAUCCUUCCCAGAAUGUGUUGAAAUCUCUUAGACCAAUGAACUCUGUCCGUUCAUAUGCUUCAGUUGCGCAGUUAAAUGGUGAAGUUUAUGUCAUGGGUGGUGGCAAUGGUCAGGUUUGGUAUGACACAGUUGAAUCCUACAAUCCGGCUAAAGACCAGUGGACUUUAUGCCCUUCUUUGAGCCAAAAAAAGGGAAGCUUGGCCGGAGCUUGUGCCAACAAUAGAAUAUUUGCAAUGGGUGGUGGGAAUGGUAUUGAAUGUUUUUCAAAUGUUGAGAUGCUUGAUUUAGAUGUUGGCCGAUGGAUCAAUACACGGUCGAUGCUGCAAAAGAGAUUUGCACUUGCUGCAGUAGAACUCAAUGGUGUGAUUUAUGCUACUGGCGGAUUUGAUGGGAAUGAUUAUUUGAAGUCUGCUGAAAGGUUUGACCCAAGAGAGCAUUGCUGGACAAAUAUUUCUGCUAUGAAUACAAGGAGGGGUUGCCAUUCAUUGGUUGUUUUGAACGAAAAAGUGUAUGCUCUUGGCGGUUACGAUGGAAAUACAAUGGUUACGAGUGUAGAAAUUUUCGAUCCACGAAUUGGAUCAUGGAUGCCUGGGGAAUCUUUGAACUACUCUAGAGGGUAUUCAGUUGCUGCUGUUGUCAAUGACACUGUCUACGUGAUUGGAGGAGUGAAAGAUGGUUAUAACAUAGUUGACGUCGUUGAAAGCUACAAAGAAGGACAGGGUUGGCAAGAAACUGAGGGAAAUGCGAUUGGGAAAAGGUGUUUCCUUACGGCCAUUGCUCUAACGCCACCUAGUGUUUGAUACUGUUGUAAGUGUACAGAAGCAGUUAAUAUCUUGGUGGUCUAUGGAAAAGAAACUUUUUGUCCCCGCCAUUUUUAUGGGGGGUAAAAAUGAAAGAACAAAGAAAUGUAAAGUAAAAGAAUUAUGUUUUUUGUUCCGCUAUUGAUCAGGAAACGCCAUGGGGUGUCAAGGCCAUAGUGGACAUUGAAUACAAAUCGUCGG